UGAGUCGGAGGAGUGGAGAAGCGAUGGCGGUGCACUCAUAGAGUUUACCAAGCAAAGUUUUAGCUGCUCUGAAAAAGUCUUUGGAUCUACUCGAGAGGGAAAAGCCGUCAAUUUUGGAGUGCUGGCGAAUGACUAAAGCGCGCAAGGAACUGACUCCGCGAGACGUUUAUUCCCGUGCGCGUUUACGACGGGUCCCUGGCGACGGCAGAAUUUUGGGAGCCGCGGUUACUAGUUUGUUAACUUCGGAGAGAGAGAGAGCUAACGCGUUAGCACGACACUUUAGCCUGCUUGUUUAAAGUGUUUCAGCUAGUCAGAGAGUGUCUGUGUGGAGGUUGUGUACAUGUAGACACGGAAGUUAAUCAAUAACUUAUCUUAAGUAGUGAAAUAAUCGUGUGUAUAUUUAGCUUGAUUCAUUCGCUCGGGAUGAGCAGGUACUUUGCACCUGUAGCCUCACGGCUUGAAAACUCUUCCCCGGUUAGGUAUGUUGUUUACCUUUGUUUUUACAAGGAAUAGAGUAGUUUGUAUUUCUGGUUGCGCUUACAUCGAUAGAAUGAUAAUGUAGCUUUAACUCUAUAAAAAGUAAUGUAAAGAGCUAACGUCGCAAAUAUUCCGGCUAAUGCUGAUGUCCCAGCUUCAGAGACGCUUCACACUCCCAGACUGGUUAUCUGGCUUAUGUGGAAACAAAGCAAUGCGUCUCUUAACCUCUAUUAAGCCGGAUUUAACCUGACCCACUCUCCAUUAAUGAUAUACAGUGAGCUAGCCGGGGUUCUUGGAAACUUUUUCGCGUGUAUGUGUCAUUGGGGAAUACGACUACUGGACUAGUUUACUUUGAUUUGACAUCACGGCACCCUAUGGUGCUCCUGCAGGCACCGAGACAUGGAUGUUCCCCAGGCCGUUUUCCCAAACGGUGAGGGGCGCCUGAGCCUCCAAGACCAUGUCUGGACGGAGUCCUCCAACUCCGGGGCUUGGGCUCACUCUGCCCCCGUGUGUCCCCGCUCGCUGUGGACCGCGGUGUUUGACUACGAGGCCAGCGGGGAGGACGAGCUCAGCCUGCGGCGAGGAGACGUGGUGGAGGUCCUGUCUAAGGACGCUGCUAUCUCUGGAGACGAAGGCUGGUGGACUGGUAAAAUUAACCAUCGCGUGGGCAUUUUCCCAUCUAAUUAUGUUACUUACCAACCCGCCAUUUAUAGAGCGGUAGGGGCUCGGGAGAGUGACCCGUCCGCCCCCGUUCGGAUACCGUUUUCUGAACUCGUUCUGCAAGAAAUCAUCGGCGUCGGUGGGUUUGGCAAAGUCUACCGGGGGACCUGGAAGGACCAGGAGGUCGCGGUGAAGGCAGCUCGACAGGACCCCGACGAGGACAUUAAAGCGACCGCAGACAGUGUUAAGCAAGAAGCCAAACUUUUCUCGAUGCUUCAGCAUCCUAAUAUUAUUAAACUGGAGGGGGUGUGUUUGGAGGAGCCUAACCUGUGUCUGGUCAUGGAAUAUGCUCGAGGAGGGACUCUGAACCGCGCUCUGACGGGCCGGAGGAUCCCCCCUCACAUCCUCGUGAACUGGGCCGUCCAGAUCGCCAGAGGCAUGCAGUAUCUCCACGAGGAGGCUGUGGUUCCCAUUAUUCACCGAGACCUCAAGUCCAGCAACAUUCUAUUACUUGAAAAAAUUGAGAAUGAUGACAUCGGUCGAAAAACCCUGAAGAUUACUGACUUUGGCCUGGCCCGUGAGUGGCACAAAACGACCAAAAUGAGUGCAGCUGGCACUUAUUCCUGGAUGGCUCCUGAAGUCAUCAAGUCCUCUCUGUUUUCCAAAGGGAGUGAUGUCUGGAGCUAUGGGGUCCUCCUUUGGGAAUUACUGACUGGAGAGGUUCCUUACCGUGGCAUUGAUGGUUUGGCAGUCGCCUAUGGAGUGGCUGUCAACAAAUUAACCCUUCCCAUUCCAUCUACCUGCCCCGAGCCUUUUGCCAAGCUCAUGGAGGAAUGCUGGGAGCAGGAUCCCCACAUCCGUCCAUCCUUUGCUUCCAUCUUGGAGCAGCUGACUGCCAUAGAGGAGGCUGUGAUGGCCACUAUGCCGCAGGACUCCUUUCACUCAAUGCAGGAGGACUGGAGAGUGGAGAUCCAGGAAAUGUUUGAUGAGCUACGCACUAAAGAAAAAGAGCUGCGUUCGCGUGAGGAGGAGCUGACGCGAGCAGCCCUUCAGCAGAAGUCUCAUGAAGAGCUGUUGAAGAGAAGGGAACAGCAGCUGGCCGAGCGGGAAAUUAACGUGCUUGAGCGUGAGCUCAACAUCCUCAUAUUCCAACUCAACAAGGACAAGCCCAAUGUUAAAAAAAGAAAGGGCAAGUUCAAACGCAGCCGCCUCAAGCUCAAAGAUGGCAACCGCAUAAGCUUACCCUCAGAUUUUCAGCAUAAAAUCACAGUUCAGGCCUCUCCGACUAUGGACAAGAGAAGAAGCCUCAACAGCACCAACUCCAGCCCUCCUAGCAGCCCUACACUGAUCCCUCGGCUCAGAGCUAUUCAGUUGAGCCACCCAAGUGACACUAGCCGAAGGGGCAGUAUGUUUGUGUAUCACCAGGAUGUGGAUAUCACAAGCGAGUGUAAACCUCCUAGCGGGUUUAGGAAGAAAGUGACCCUGGACGAGAGCAACAGGACAUGGGGUCGAAGCACCAAUUAUAAACCUGAGGAGUUUGAAGAUGUUAAAAAAGGGUUUAAGAAGAAGGGCCGCACAUGGGGGCCAAGCUCUGUGCAGACCAAGGAAAGAGGAAAUUGUGCUGAAAGAGUUCGACCUCUCUCAGAUGGAAGCAGUCCCUGGUCCACUAGUCUCAUGAAGUCCCAGAAAUCCGUUCCAUUGGCUGCAUUAUUUGCAGAGCAGGGAGCCAGUAAAGAUGAAGUAUGCUCUGCUGAUGGAUCUGACAACAAACCAAAGCAACUCAAGUUCCCCAACCAGGUGUAUAUUGAUCUACCUCUGUGGAAGGAUGAACAGGGGGAGACCCAAGGGCCAGCUGGUGGAGGUGACAGCCAGGAAGACCCAACAACGUCCACAAGUUCCACCAGCACCACACCGCAGCACACACCCACCAACAGCCUGAAGCGCGCCACUACACGCCGGCGCACGGACACUGUUCUCUAUGGUUGUGCCUCCAUCCUGGCAUCUGUCGCAUUUGGCUUCGACCUGCGAGAGGUUUGUAAGGGUGCUCCUAAUGAGGAACCAGAGCCACGGGAGGAGAAGAAAAAACGAGAGGGCCUGUUUCAGCGUGCCACUCGUUUCCGCCGCAGCACCAGCCCCCCUGGUAGCCGCCCACGCAAGGAUGAGGUUACCGCAGGACCCGUAAAUCUACUCGCCAUGUCAUCGAUUUCUGAGUGCAACUCCACCAAGUGCCUCCUGCAGUCUGAUUUUGGGGGAUCUGGGUAUAACCUAAUAAAUGAGACUCCAGGUAGCAAUUCUCAGACACAGCAGAAUACAGGCACUAGUGAUGUUCUUUCCUCAGCCCCUGUACAAGAUCAAACUUCUGGAUCCAGCUCUCGGCUUAGGAGAAAGAAGUCCAGCCCUGCUGUGUGUCAAACCAUUAAUGGCAGCAGUAACUCCCAGGCUAAUCCAGCUGAUUUCUCUACCACAUCCAUGAAAAAGAAGGCUGACAGAGAGCCGGCUCACGAGAAGCAAGCCUCCGGGGAAUCAGUACCGAGACCCAGACCGCUUUCCCUAAGAAGCAAACCUCACUCCUGGGGUCUUCUAAAGAGCCGCAAUAAGAGCUAUUCUCUCGGGCACUACUCUGGGGAGAAGAGUGCCCAAAACUUGGACAUGGUCCUCCCCUCAGAGGUCAAAAUGGGCUGCUCUUUACUGGAUAUGGACACAGAGGGUCAAAAACGAGACUGCACGGUUCCCCUCUGUCGAAUACAGAGCACACCAAGUCGACCGUCUGUCUUUGAACUGGAGAAAGAGUUUUUAUCCUGAAAUAAGCUGCAUCUGGAACACAAUCUGGAACACUUUUGUCUUGAAUCUGACAUUUAGUUGUUGUUCAACAUGACAUUUAGUUGUUGUUUUUGUUUCGUUUUUCCCCCAAGAUUAACAUCAUGGCCUUUGAUCAAUUUUUGAGCCAUUGCUGCUGGAGAUAUACUGUGGUACUUUUAUUUAUAUGCUGUUUACUUUGAUAUGUAAUUUAAUAUGAAGUGACAUAUAUGAAGUGAAUGAUCAACAUUCCACUGAAUUUACAGUAGAACUGCUGGUUUUGUAGUUUUUACAAAGUGACUUGAUUUGUAAACCUUUUACACUGAUGAACAAAAUCUAAGAUUCUCUUAGAAACUACUGAUUUUUAAAGCGUUCAGGCAUUUUUUGAUCACGUAAUGUCAUAUGAAAGGCAUAAACAGGGCCCACAGUGUUUAUAUAAAUAAUAAUAGUUGUACAACUGAAGUGGCAUAGCUACUAUAGCUAACGUGGAUCGACGUAGCUCGCUAUUUUUCCCUGUACUAAUACUUUAUAUUUUCAGGGUUUUGUUUUUGAAAUUGGCAUAAUUUCUUUCUGCUCAUAUUGGAUAGCCACCUCAUGAACUCUCUGCUUUUUUAGCUUUAAGUCAGAUGCUUAUCAGAUUAUGUCUUUUAGAGGUGUACACAUGUAUAUAGCUUUUUAGCUUGCGUAACCCAAAAGAGAAGCAAACAAAAAAUAUAUAUAGAGAGAUGUUGCAUUAUGCUGCCAAAUAGUGAUAAAUGAAUUAACUAUAUUGUUAGUGUCUAUCAAUGUUGGUAUUUUUACAAAUCAUUCCAGUCUAUACAAACCCUAAAAAAUGAAUUUAACUAAUAGAUUCAUCAAGCACCAGGAUAAGAAGCUUGAUUUUGAGUUUUACGUUGCAGUAGUUUUGACUAAAUCUUUAAAGCAGAAGCUUUAGAAUUAUAAUUGAUUAUAUACAUUAUACAUUACCUUAAAAUAUACAACUGUGAUUUAAACUGUUUCUGCAAAACCCAAAUGCUUUUUUAACUUUCAUUCUAUAUAUAUUUGAGCCCUGUGUGAAAGACUGAAUUGUUAACUUGUUCAUUGUCUAUUACGGACUUAAGUCGUUCAGUGUCUUGCUUUUCCGUUUUCUCGCUUUGUGUCACUUAUUGUUUUGUAUCUUCAAGAUGUGGAAACUGUGAUCUGGAACAUGUUUAACUGAACAAACUGAAAUGUUAUUUUGUGGUUCUAGGGUGUCAAAUGUAAGAGUACUGUACUCUUAGUUUGGACUCAACUCAGUAUUGAAAAGCUUGUUAUAGUAGAGACUAGAAUUAUUUACUGUAAUUAUAUCAGUCAGCAUAAAUGUACUGUUUGUUUGGAAAUAAUCUCAGUUUUUUCCCUCUGAGUCCUGUUCAGAAACACCCAUUAUGUGAUGUUUUAAAGAACAAAAUAUGUUUUGUAGCACUGGAAUUUUUGAGUAAUGAUAAUUAUUGUAUUAAAACAUAGUUUAGAUAUACAACUGCACAUUAGGAUUCAUAAGAGCAAAGGACUGGAGAGACAUUGUGGUGCCUCCUUUUUAUGUCUUGCGAUGAUCAUUACUAGAUGAAGUAACUAUAAAAUGAUGCCUGUUUUUGAAUUCAUCUGGUGUUAUUGUCUAAGCACAAUCAUUUCUCCUAUUUUGGGAGAAUGCAGAGAUCAAACCUUUAAAGCAGUUUUAUUUGGACGAUUCCCAAAUGUAAAGGACAGAAAACCUAGAUAUACGUUUUCACCAAAGUUGAAGUCUCGUGAAAUGGUUUUGAAAGAUUGUUACAUGGUACACAUGCACUGCGAAUAGUUUUACUGCUUUUGCUUUUUAGUGUCUGCACAGUGUAUGUUGUAUUGAGCUGUUUUUAUCCGAUGUUUUACCCAUGUGACCAAUUUAAUGUUAAAAGCUGUUCUGUUCAGAUGUGGACUGGUUAUUUGCUCCAGGAGGGCUCAAAGAAAAAAGGGCUGAGCCCAGAAUCAUCUCAUUUAUAUCAAAUUCUACUAUUUUACUGUACACACGUGACCAAUAAAUACU